GCGUUCAAGUACCUGUUGCGAAAUCGGGCGGCGAAGUUCGAAGAGAAGAAGAUUCAGUAUGCGGCCUUGGCUAAGGUCAUACGAGAAGGAGGCUUCCUGGUCGUCUUGAUAUGCCGGUAUAGCGUCAUUCCUCCUCAUCUUACAACGGCUCUCUUCUCCACGUGCGGGAUCGGCGUGCUCGUGUUCCUUGGUGCUGCUAUCCUCUCGUUACCCAAGCAACUCGUCACUGUCUACAUGGGUGUCCUGUUAGAGCAAUCUGAAGAAGGUGAGGACAUCUCCCGAUCGGCCCUCUCCCUCUCCCUGUAUUCAUGA